UUGAGUUGUUUCAGAAGUUUAUUCAAUAGUUUGAACUUUUUUUUGUGUAGGUAAUUUCUGGUUUUGGUGUUUUAUUCGGCGUUGUGUUUCUGUUUCGUAUAAAUUUAGUGCAAUAGUAUACUAGAAAUACCUAGAAUAGAUUACUUAUUGAAUUGCAAAAAAUGUACCAGUAUUGAAUGUAUCACUACAGUAUUUAAAUCAAGAUUCAACUAGAUAGGUAAUGUAUCUUAAUAAAAUGAGACAAAUAACAUUUGCAAGGCGUCACUCUAUCGCUGAAAACAGAAAAGUUCCUUUGAACACAGUAAUACUGCCACCCUUAACGCCUCCACCUCAGGAUACUUCAGGAACUGAACUUUUGGGGAAGAUUGUGGUUAAUAAGUCUAAAAAUGGUACAGUCAAUAGUGAAGUCGUAAUCCCCAAACCUCAGGAAACUCAGAAAAAUGACGAGCAAUCUUCAAAAACGCCGGAACAAAUGCGUUUGGAGCAGAACAUUCGUUUUUUGCAGGAUCAGCAUCAGUUGAUUCUUUCUGGUUUGCACGGGGAAAUUGAGAAGCUGAAGUCGAGAAACAGAGAGCUACAAUUUCAACUAAUAUUUGGAAAGACGCCUGCUGAUUCUAGUUCACCUUCUCCAUCUUCGCCAGAGGAAGAUUCAACAAAACAUAAGUUGUAUACAAGUCCCAAAAUUCAGACUAAUACAACACCGUUGCAAGUGGAAAUCUUGGAGAGGGAACUAGGAGAGUUGAGACUACAAUUACAAGAGCAAGAAAGUCGCAACGUUUACCUUUCUGCGAUUGUCGAUGAACAGAAAAAACAACUUGAACGAUAUGAUCGUCGUCGUGAGAAAGAACAACAACGAACCAACGCCCCAGGCGAGGCCGAAAUCGAACUACUACGCAAACUGGAAGACGCCGAAACUCUGAUUCGCAGGCUGCGCAGAGAAAACUCCGAUUUGCGCAGAGAGUCUCAGGGCAUGAGCGAGGCCGGUGCGCAGCAUCACGCACAGCAUCAUAGGGAUAAUAAUGGGUAUCAGUCGCCCAGAGGCCAGGGUCACCGUGGUGGUAGCGGUAGAGGACACAGGACCGGCAAUAAUGGGCAUUAUAAUAAUAGAGGCGGAUGGUUUCCGCCGCUUCAUUCGCAGAGUUUUUGGCAAGGGGGUAGACCACAACACGACCGAUCCCACCACAGCAACAAUGGAUCGCACCAGGACCAAGUGCUCGGCACUAACCUGCCUGAUAUUCCCCUGAACGAUGCAGGAUCUUACCAACAGCAGCCUCAACCACAAUACCACGGUCAUGGAAGGAAAGGCUCGAACAAUAAUCACUACCACAACGGCGAUGGAAGAAGGUACAGGGGACAACACAAAAACAAUAAACCUUCUUAAUAUAAUUUUUUAGCUAACAGGUAGAUUAUAUUUUCUAACAAAAAAAAAUUGAGGCCUCCUGGAUUAGAGCUUGUUAUUUUUUGGCACUCAAAGCGAAAUAAAAAUUGAUAUAUGUAUUGAAAAAGAGCUGAUAACAAGUUAAUUUUGAGCAAUGAAAUUUUAAUUUUCUAUUCUAAUUCACGUGAUAUUUGAUCGAUCUGUUGCGGACGACUGACCACCAAACGUUUUAAGAUAUCCUGGACACUGCUAUAGCUUCGCUAUGAUGGGGUAAUAUUUUAACGUUUUUAGAGGUGCUAUCUAAUUAUUAUCAAUUUCCAUUAUUAUUAAUAAUCACUUUUUUCACAUUAAAUCUCUUAUUAGUAAGUAAAUCCGUUUGGUGCAUUUUUUGCUUUCUGGUGUUAGUGUAGCUCUCCAUUAGGCUGCAGUAACUACUGUAAAGUGUAUUCAGUGAUAACCAAACGAUUCAAUUACAUCUUUUUUUUUUGGAUUUAAAAGCUAAUAACGUAAGAAAUGUUUAGAAACUUGUUUGUCAAAUAUGUAGAUUCAAAUAAACCUUGAACAUUUUGGGGAAAGUGGAGCAAAGCAUCUAGGUACACAGGGUGUACCAGAUGAAAAACCUCAUUUCAGAUUCUCUGAAAAAUAUCAUGGAUGGAUUUUCCACUUUAAAAAAAUAUUGCAUUAUGAUAUCAAAUUGAGAAAAUCACGUAACAUCACACUAAAAUUUUAUUAGUCAUAAAUGUAUUAGUAAUUUUUCCGAUAAGUCACAAAACCCCAUCAAUGUUUAUAAUAAUAUAUAUUUGUCAAAGAAAGUGCUUUGGAUCUAGUUAUUUAUUGAAUGUCUAGGUAUCUGUUGUUAGCUUUGGGAAAAUAGUCAUAUUUAUUCAAUAAUUAUUGAUGUUUUAUCUAUCAUAAUCGACAUGUGUACCUUAAUAGUUGACUUUUUGCUACAUAUACGUACAGAAAAUAGCCUUCCUAUCUUUUUUGUAGUUGCUGUAGCAAAAAUUUGCCCAAAUAAAUACAUUUUUAUCAUCUUAAAGAAAUUCUAUAGAUAUUAUAAAAAAUAUUGCAUAUUUAUUGUGUAACUUUGACGGUGUGAUAGACGAUACUCAAACCAAAUGUAGUAUUGCGAAGAAUGUAGAAGAUGCCGCUCCUUACUCUUGAAUAAUUAUACAAAUUGUUAAUCUGAUAAAUUAUUACGGUUUGUUCCAGUAAUAUGCAGAAUCAGAAAUAAUUUUGAGCCAUGUCUUGACAAAAAUGCGAAAGUUGGGCAAAUUCUUGAGAUCAUUUGGAAUGUAAAACGUCUGUGCCUUUGAAAUGGUAUUUCACCUACUGAUGUUCGGCCUAGAACUGCGGUAUUGGAGAGUUUUUACUUUUCAGCAUCCUAGUUCUGUCCAUUUUUAUGGUUAUUCCUGAGCAUGCGUAGUAAUGAAAUGACAGCCCCUUUCACUGACCCAGUCAUCCGAUACCCAUAUCUAUCAAAAUUGCUAAAUGCUAGUAUUACUCUCUACUGUCUGUUCUCGAAGGAGAUGCAGCCAACCAAAUUUUAACUAACAUGUAAAUUGGAACCUUUGAAAAGGAAGAGUAGGUAAUCUAAUUGGUUAAAAUCAGUGCGUUUCUACCAUUUCCGGAACUCAGCAAUCUAGCGUUAUUUUUUGAAAGUCGGGCGUUGAAGACGGACAAUCAAGUUUUAUAUAAGAUUAACACAUUUGCCUUUUCUUUUGAAAUUAUCCGAAUGUUAAUUGCUCCACUUUUUAGACUUUGAAAAAUAGUUCUGGUUAGCUUCAAAUAUCGUGACCCCGGAGGCCAAGGGUGAAGUACAGAGAUUAUUUCGCCGAAUCGAUUUCGAGGAAUCUUGUCGUUCAAAAAUUAUCUCAUAUGUUACGAACAGUGUGGCGGCGCUUAAUUUUGCUGAAAUGAAAAGUUAAGUCUUGCUAUGCUACUGCAAAUGAAGAAAAAGUCAAUCACCUCAUAUCAGAAGGUAGGUAUAGGUUUCUGGUGACAGUAUUCGCUGCGAAUUUUUUUUUUCUAAAUAGUUUGGUAAGAAACUCCAAUCUCUAAGAUUGCUUUUGCCCAGACUGUUAAGGUGUUUCGACGCUUUUCGUCAAACAAGCAUCCGUUCUCUUGAAAACUAGGAAAUCAGUGAGAUCUGUUGCAGUGUUAAUUUUUCUACGAAAAUCACCCUGCAUAGAUGUUGUUGAUUCUUACUUUUAAAACUGGAAAAACACUAAUCGCUUGUGCUGACUCGCCAUCUUCGCCAUACCGAGAUAUCUUGGCAGCCAAACGAAACUUGACCACUUCGCCUUUUGAUACGUAGGCGGUUUAUUAAAAUACAAUUGGAUGUUUUGCAGCUUUGGCUUGGAAAUCAGGCAAACAGCUCAAAGAAUCUUGAUGCCAUUCAUAAUUAUGAAGGCGUCAUCUACGGAUUUAGUAUUUGAGAUUCCACAGAGCUUGUUCGGAUAGUUCGUGAUUACUGGACUUCUCAUGAAACUACCGACUAUGAGUUGUUGACAACGUAACCGGCCACUAAGGGAGAUUUCUGAAGAAACAUAACACCAAGAAUUUAUAGGUCAAGAAAAAUUAGAAAAACAGAUCCAAGAAAUUCAAGAACUGUCCUAGAGUAUAACAUAUAUGUGACUUGUAAAUCGACUAAUCAAAAUAAGCACAUAAGAAAGAAACAGUACCUACCUAUAUUAGGAUUUGCGAAACACACGUCUUGGAGACAGCUUCAUUCUGCAUAAGAAAGUAAAAGAAAUAGCUGGACUACAACAAAAAGCCAACAAACGCCAUUAGAGAUUAGCACAACGAGAUAAGCACAGACCCCGAAGAACUAUUGGAAACAUGGAAGAGAUUUACAACCAACCUUUUCGAAGUCAACAGACCAGAAAUUCCACCAGUCAAACUAAUAUCGUUCACUAUCGGGACCAAAAAUUUCAGAAAGCGAAAUCCUUUAUGAGGAAUGGAAAUAAUAUUCAGCUUUCUUGAACUAAUUAUUAAAUUUAAAAAUCAAAUAGCCAACGUUUCGAUUCGAUAAAUUUAAUAAAUUAGUCCAAGAAAGCUGAAUAUUAUUUCCAUUCCUCAUAACCAUAUUCGUGGGCGUGAUACUUUUUCGACUGAAAUCCUUUAUGUUAUGAAAAAAAUGCAAAGCAACAAAGCUCCGGUAACUGAUGGUCUGUAUCCAGAGAUAAGUCUCUUGAUCAACGAACAGAAUAUAAAAUAAUAGUGCAGCUCUUUAGCAACAUAUAUGACACUGGAAAUUUUCCCGAGGACUGGGUCCGCUCUACUUUUAUUAUACUACCAAAAUCAGAUAGCCCAUCAGAAGCAUGCAAAGAUUAACGUCUCAUGAGCCACUUUCUGGAGCUCUUUCUCAAAAUUCUACACGCAAGACUCUACAAAGAGUGCGAAGAGUUUAGCAGAACUAGUCAGUUUGGGUUUAAGAGCGUUAUGGAACUAAAGAAUUUUCAGUCUGCAGACUUUGGUGCAAAAUUGUCAAGAUGAAAAAAAGAAUGUUUUUAUAUACUUUAUUGACUACGAGAAAGCAUUUGACAUUGUUAGACAUAAUCUAUUGAUAUCAUGUCUUGGGGCACUAGGACUAGAUGAUAAGGACAUAAGGCUUAUUGGUGAUCUUUAGUGGAAUCAAAAAGCGGAAGUUCGGUUAGACAACUCAACAACACAAGACCAAUUUGAAAUGAAAAAAGGUGUUAGACAAGGAUGUAUCUUGUCUCCAAUGCUGUUCAAUCCAUGUGCAGAAAUAGCGUUUAAACCACUGGACAGCCCCAUAGGCAAUCUACCCUAUGAAUAAAAAAGGCAUUUGCUUUUUCUCGCAAAAUCUGAAGCAAAUGCUUCAUCCAGUAUAAAUAAAAAUUCAAGGAAAACCCUAUACUUGAAAGUAGGAAGCAAAUGCUCCAGGAAAAAGCAAAUACUCUUUUUCUUAUGAAUAAAAGAGAGUAUUUGCUUCAAAUUGGGAGCAUUUACUCCUAGCAAAAUGCAACUGCUCCAGAGCAGAUGUAUGUUUGCUAUUUUGGAGAAUUCCCCAUUUUUUUGUAGAUCGUAGAUUGCAUUAGGACUCGUUAUAGCUUGUUCCAGCCGCUCUAGUGUCCAAGAUCUUCCUGGGUGAUGAAGUGCCCACCUCUUGGGGUGUUAGCAAGGUAUUUCAGCCUUUUGCAGGAGUGAUCAGGGCAUUCACAGAUUAAGUGUUCUGUAGUUUUUGUUGCUUGUUCGCAAUAUCUGCAGUAAUCGUUGUUUGAUUUUAGGUGAUUUCACCAGACAAUGCCCAGUGAGCAGUCAACCAACGACUAUUCUAAUGUCUCUUCUGUUCACUGUCAAGAAGUUGUUCAGAUCUCAGAUAUGAACCUUUUUCAUAUGUUGAUUUCUUCGGAGACGUGGCUUUUCAUUAUACACAAAAAGGCUUUGGGCCUUGAAAAGGUGUUAAAGCGCCUUGCUUCGUGGGACGGUCCGCCUCUUCGUUGCUGUUUUUACUUUAUCCCUACCAGCCAGUUGUUUAAGGAUAUUUGUACCCUCCCAAACUAGCUGAAAAUUACGCUUGAUUGCUCCUAGAGCCUUAAGAGCCGCUUGACUGUCGGACAGUACCUAUGUGAAUGUGCUCUCUUAAAAUGCCCCUUUUAAGACAAUCUUGGCGUUCUUUUACAACCACUUCCUAUGGAAUGUCAAAAGACGCCGACACCGCAAUAUUAGCACACAAUGCAGAAGAUCUUCAGACAUUACUGAAUCAGAUUAAUGGAGCAGGCAAGGCACUGGGCUUCAAAAUUAACACUGGUAAAAUGAAGUUGAUGAUUGUGAGUAGAGAAGAUAUCUUUGGCUUAAAACAAAAACCAUUUAUGUUCAAUUGUUCUCUUAGUGGCAUCACCCGUCCAGAAACUUUUGCAGAUCUCGGGGUGAUAUUUGUUAAGGAACUGACGUGUAACUGCCACAUUGAUCGAACUGUUACGCGGCUGACAAGACAUAUGGAUUCAUAGUCCGAUAUUGUAUAUGAUCUUUGUGCGAUCCAAACUGGAAUAUGCUUCUGUAGUCUGGUCUCCUUAUCAUCAGCGUCAUAUUGACCGUAUUGCUGUGCAGAGACGAUUUCUGAAGUUAUUAAGCUUCAAGAUUGAUGGAACUAACCUCGAACUCACCUACAAUUGGGAAUACCAAAUUCUGAUCUUUUGCAAAGACAUAAUUAUUUUUCGCUGAGAUUAACACGAUCAUGCAAUAGUGUCAUUUAUACUUACAAAAUUUUGAAUAACUCAAUAGAUUUUCCAAGUAUACUCAGUAAAAUUAACAUAAUAAGGGUUCCAAGAGAUAAUUCCAGAGUCUUAGAUUUGCUUCACGCCUAUCGAACAGUCACUAUGGUUAACUCUCCGUUAUGCACCAUGCUUGCAGCGAUAAACUCUGUAGGACUAAAUAUUGACAUAUUUUCUUGUAAAUUUAAAGACAUAAAAUCUCAUUUUUAUAGUAGUGUUGUAUUGCAAAAUGUUAAUGAUAUUCAGGACUAUAAUUAGAAUAUAAUACCUACAUAAGUCGGAUUAAACAUAAGUCAGAUUGUUCCUACUCUGUAGUCGGGUUUUACCUGUAGAGUAUUGUAUUAAUUAAAUAAAUAAAUACAUUAAAAAAUAAAUCUUAAAUACCCAAAAAUAGAUGGAAAAAAUAUUGAACAGGUUACAAACUUCAAAUAUUUAGGAUGCAUGCUGAAUGAAAGAUGGGAUCCGGAGAAAGAAAUAAGAUGUAGGAUAGAUAGAACAGGCAAGAUCGACCUUCCUAAGACUUCGAAAAUUUCUCAUAGACAGAAACUUGAGCUUUAAACUCAGAUACAGAAUGUUAAAAUGUUAUGUCUGAUCGGUCCUACUAAUUUGAGUAGAGACAUUGAUAUCACAUGACAAAUGAACAGGUCAUCCGAAGAGCUAAACUCUUAGAACUCUUCGGAACCAUAGAUCAGAGAAAAAUAUCUUAUCUGGGACACAUAAUACGCGGAGAACGUUAUUGCUUCAAGCGCCUUUUCCUUCGAGGCAAAACUGAAGGAGGUAGGAGGGGGGGGAUAGGAAGAAAGAAGCUAUCCUGGCUACGGAAUGUACGGCAGUGGGCAGGAAAACAGGACUUCCAGAAACUACAAACCGCUGCAUUUAAUAGAAAUAUUUGAUAGGAAAAAAGAUGGAUGCCUACGUUGGAAUCUGUAUGAUACUUCAAGAAGAAGAAGAAGAAACACAUCUUCACUCAUAAAAUUAAAAGAAACACAGGUGAGCAGUUGAAAUUUUAAAACACUCAAAUAAAUUCAAUUUUAAGGACAAUCGUUUCAACUUCAGCUUGUCGGGUUCCGGAAAUGAUAGAUUUCGGUUCAGUUAUAAUUAUUCCUAGUACUUUGACCGCAUACACAUUGCCCAGCGCAAUUAGCAAAGAGUCAGUUGAAAAUCAUUGGACCAUAAAUUAAAACCAUCGUUGAUAAUCAAAUUAGAAAGCAAAGGUACAAUGUAGGAUCCUUGGGGAAACCUAGGUGGGAUCAGAAUUUCUGAAGUCAUAAUAUUUGUCACUCGAAUCCACUGAUGGCGAUCUCUCAAGUUGGUUGGUUGGUUGCUUGAGAUGCAGAGUGAUCAGGCCGGGUAAGGUGGCCCCAAACUACAGCUGUCGGUUUAUUGUAUUGUCCUGUGAAAAGUUUCGUGACCUUGAUUACGUUUAGGAGCCUCUUCACCGUGUUACUUUUGGUGAGUUUAGAGAUAGGGUCUUUGGAGCCGUCAGUAAACCAGACAAUUUCUUGUUUAGGUGUUGCCCCGGUAUUUCCUACUGUGACAAUCUCGAUGGCGAAGGGUGUUUCAAGGGAUUUUUUCCGCAUCACAUAGUCGCUACCCAUGGUUAAAAUCGGGUUUGUGAUUAUUUUGGUGAUUGCCGCAUGUCCAUUUGGUUUUGAGUUCCAGGUUUCGUUCAGCUGGAGACGAUAUGCCUCGAAUCUAGCCUCCGCUUUGACGAUAAGGUCAAUUGGUGGGCGGUUUAGGAUCGUUUCCAUACUUGCCGUUGGUGUGCUUCUCUGUGCACCGAUAAUACAAAGACAUGCAAAUCUCUGGAUUUUGGCUAGCUCCAGGUUUGCUUGUCCUUGGUUUACUUUAGGCCACCAUACAAGUGCAACACAUAAUAUCAUUGGCCUUACAACCGUAAUGUAUAUCCAGUGUACAACUGACAGUUUUAGUCCCCAUGUCUUCCCAAUCGCUCUUUUCAGUGACAUCAACGUCAUCUUGCUUUUGGUGGUUAUCUUUUGGAUGUGUUGGUUCUAUGUCAUCUUCAUAUUUAGGACGACGCCUAGAAAUUUAGCUUCCCAGCCAAACUCCAAGGUUUUUUGUGAAUAGACUGGGGGCGAUUAUGUCCUCCAGAUUUCUUUUUCACGUGAAAGGAAUGGGUUUUGUCUUGGAGGGGUCGACGCAAAGUUGCUCCCUCGUGCACCAUCCCUCAAUGAUUCCUAAGGCGUCCUGCAUGAGGUUUCAUACUGUCCUGGUAAAUCCUCCCCUAAUGACAACGACUAUGUCAACCAUGUAGCCUAGGGUGAAGUAGCCUUUAGUUUUUACAGAAGUUCAUCCACGACUAGAUUCCACAAAAGUGGUGAAAGUACUCCGCCCUGUGGGUAUCCUUUUGUCGCGGUUACUUCAAUAGAGGUUUCAGCAAUAGUUGACUUUAUCUGCAUGUGGAUUCAUUAGUCGCAUGUUGCCCAGUAGCUCUGACUAUGCAGUUGAAGGACCUGUGGUUAAAGGUUCCUUCUAUGUCAAGGAAUGCCACUAGUGCGAUUUCCUUGUUUUCUAGCGAGUUCUCUACUCUUGUCACCAGUUGGUGUAGAGCUGAUUCGCUGGUUUAACUGGUUGAAAGGCAUGUUUGUUUUGGUGAACUGGCCUCUGUUUCAGUAAGGUUUCCCUGAUGUGCUAUUCAACUAAUUAAUCACCUUUAACAUAAAGGACGAUAAGCUGAUCGGUCUGUAUGACCUGGCCUGAGAUGGGUCUCUGCCAGGUUUUGGGAUAAAGACCGCUUUCACUUUUCUUCAGGACCCAGGAAUAUUUCCUGUUGCCAGGCUAACUCUGCAAAGCCUGCAGAGGUGUGGUGCUAUAAGGUACACUGCCUCUUGUAGGAGUGCUGGUAUAUUAUUUCAUCUGCUCCCAGUGAUUUGAAGCUCCCAAAUGAGCCUAUUGCCCAUUUUAUGCCAUCUUAAGCGGAAUGGCUUGAUGGGUUUCUGCUAUCAGGGUUCACUUCGGUGGAGUCUGGAAAAUUGGUUUGAAGAAGUAAACUUAAUGUUUCUUUCCCAUUUUUUGUGAUUUUCCCGUCAGGUUUUUUAAUGGUUCCUGUCGGUUCUAUCGGACUCUUGGCUAGAAUUUUCUGGAAAUGGGCUCUUUCGGAAGUGUUUUCAACUUUGCUGCAGAAAUUCUUCCAGGAUUCUAUUUUUGCUAUCCGGAUUUAUUUGUUGUAUUGCGUUAGGGUUUGCUGAUAUGCUUCCCAGUUUCCGGUUUUCUUUGCUUCAUCAUUUCAAGGUUGGCAUUCCACCACUUUUGUUUGCUGGUGUUUUGCUCCGAUUCUUGGCAGUUUUCAUGAUAUGAGGUUUGGAUGGCUUCCUGCAAUUGCAGGCAUACCUCCUUCAUAUCUGUUCUUAUUUUAAUUACCGUUUUAAUGUUAGUCAGGUUCAGUCUAAGGUCCUGUCGGUAUUUUCCCCAGUCAGUAUUACGAGGGUUGCGAUAUACACGCUCUGGUUUAUCAAUAUGUUUGAUUUCCAUUUGAAUAUACCUAUGAUCCGAAAGACUCGGUUCAUCAUCUACCCUCCAGUUAUAUAUUUGAGAGCUUAUUCCGAGAGACGCCAGAGUUACAUCAAUACGUUCUUGCCUAUUUUUUGUUAGAAAAGUAGGUUUAGUUCCCCGAUUCAGAAUGUCUAGGUUAUUAGAGAUAGUGGAGUCAAGUAAGUACUCAUCGCGUUGGCUUAUGUCGCUACUAUUUCAUGCGGUGUGAUGGGCGUUGGCAUCUGCUCCAAUGAGAAUAUGUAGGUUAUUUAGCCCGCAGUAUUGCACUAAUCUCUCCAGUUCUGCAGAUGGAGGUGGAUUAAGGGAGUCAUAUGGUAAGUACAUAAAAGUUUUAAUGAGCACCUUAGUGUUCCCUGCUUCUUGGUAGUCAAGCUUUAUUACUGCCAUGUCCCUAAAGCAAAAAGUUGUCAUUUUUAUUGCAUUAAUAUUGUUGUUUGCAAUAAUGCAGUUUCUUACAUUCCCUGCGUUUGAGUUACAGAUUAACUUACCUCCGAUGUUCCCUAGACCCAUGACUGUUCCCUGACGUCCAGGGUUCUUGGAUCAGAGCCACGUCAAUGUCCCCUGCCACGAAGGUUUUGCAGAAGGCAACAGUUGCAGCCUUCUUAUGAUGCAAAUUUAUCUGAAGGACCCGGCAUUUUUUUGAAUCGAGGAUCAUGAAGGUAAAGCUUAAAGUCUUUCUUGGUUAGCACCUUCAGAGAGUUCUCGUCUAUUCCCACAACGAGAAUGGAGCCUUUUGGUUCUACCUUGAUGUUGAACACCUUCCAGUCAUCCGCGUCUAUUCCCUCGUUUUGGAUUUUUAGACAACGGAGUGUUCUUGUCGGGUCGUCAGCAUCAAAAUGUUCUUUGGGUAUCCACACCGAUAUCCUUUCUCUGGGAGUUUCAUCCUUGGAUGGUAGUACCCUCAGGUUUGCCCCUUCCCAGGGUUUUAGUUUUGGGGUUACCAUUUUUAGCCAUUCCGCAGCCUCAUUGUCUGCGCAAUGGAAGUCAACCAUGCCAUGUUCUGCUUGGCUAUGGUUGAACUUGGGCCCUUUUCCAGGUUGGCACUUCCAGAUUUCCUGGACGAUAGCUUCCUGUAGCUUUUUCCCUUGCUCUGCUGUCAUCUUAGUUUCAGGAUAGGUACUUGUGAUGACAGCCAUCUCGAUUGCUGACACGACCUUGCUAUAACUGGCCCCAGUUGGUUUACUAGGUUUUUGCAGCUUGAUUGUGUUUCGCAAUCUUUUGAGGGUUUUGUGAGGGUGAUGGUGUUGAUCCCUUUGAGCGAAUUCUCUUAAUCUCCUUUUGCUGCUGGUUCUCAGUAGCUGUUGGAGUUUGUUGUGCUCCAGCGUUAUCAGCGCCUGAAGUGCCUCGUCCCUGUUUAGGAGUUUGCGGUUUCCUGUUUGCUCGUGAUUUACGAGGUUAUAAUAGGUUCCCCUUUGGCUUCGGCCCGUUCGAUAGCUUUCUGGCGUUUCUGGGCGCCAGAGAGUUUGGCCUUGUUCAUCUUUAAUCUGUUGAUUUGAGACCCAAGGUUCUUUAUAGGCUUAUCACUUUCCUCGGUUUUGCUGCUUUCAGCUUUCCGAUCCGAUGGUGAAACCCUUUCUUCCGCAAACUUGUGCUGGCUUCCAGUGAUCUUGUGGUAGUUUGGUCUGUUGGACUUUCCACCGACUUUGUUUCAAGAGAUGGUUUGGUUGAGGCUGAACCACUCGGAUUUUCCUACAGCUUCAUCUCUUGGUCUUUUUGUUUGUUUCUUUUUUUUAUUUGUGUUUCCAUAAUAUGUCCUACGAGUGAGGGGGAAAGGGUAGUCAGGCUCUGGGGUGCCCCCUGCACAGAGCUAAGGCUGUUUACUCCGGGGUGACGCCUGGUUUCCUAGAGGCUCCGUUUGCGACGCUGCUUUCCAACCGCCAUGCACCCAUCGACACGGGUCGCUUGACAUUUUGGAUUGGCUGAGAUAUUUCUGGGACCCGAGUGGCGGUUCCUAGGGGUUCGCAAUGGCUUUCCCUGAGAACCGCCAGACGGGAGCUCCUUGACCGCGGCAAGGUCUUGCAUCCCCCACGAGGGGUAUCUCUCAAGUAACCCUUAAUCCAUUGUUUUAUUUAUUAUUAUAUUUCAAUGAUUUUCCAUAAGGAAUUUUUGGGAAGCUUUUUUUUUUGGAAUUUUAGUUUAGAAAAAGUUCCAUAAAAAUAAAAACCAACUGGCCUUUCAGACAAAUCAUAUCUAAGAUAUUAAAGCACCAUAAACUUCAUUUAUUAUGUAGGUCAAUGAUUAGUGUUAAUUUGCUGCCCAUUAAAUCUGAUUUGGCUCCAAAUUAUUUCCGAUUCCUUAUUGGAACAAACCUAUUUUAAAUGGAAGGAUAUCUACCUAUUUACCUAGUCUAGCUGUGAUUGCACUUUUCCGUAUUUAUUUAUAGUUUUUUAUAUUCAUCAUCAUUAAAAGCAUAUUUAUUAUUAUUCAAAUAUUUAAUACAAACUAUUGUGAUUUAGUUA